AUAUAUCUUUAUGAUCAAUUGCUAAAACUUUAAGGAAAUAAGUAUAAUAAAUUUUUUAAAAUGUUUAAGCUUCCUUCUUUAAAUAACUUGAAAACUGAAAGCUACGAAGAAAAACCUCCAAAGAUCUAUUCAAAUAAAUAGAGUUUAUUGGAUAUUAAAUCGUUUUUGCAAGAAAAAAAUACUUUAACUCCAAGGCAAUCAUCAAACUCAAUAUAAAAUAUUAUAUCCGAUCAAUUAAGUAAAGCUAACAAUUCUAGCAAAAUAACCUAACAACCUAAAGAAUUCCUUCCUUUUACCAAAGAAAGAGAUGCUUUAGGCAGAUUAUUACCCAAAUCACUUCCAGGAUCUUCAAUAAAUUCAGAGUUAGAACUCAAUUUUUAAGGUAGUUUAACAAGUAGAUAACCACAUAAACACAUAUUAGGAAGUCAUAAAUCAUUUUAGCAAUUUUAACAUUCGAAUGAUAUUCUGCAGUAGGUCAAACUAGCUGUAGAAUAAGACAUCAUUAAAAGAAAUAAAAAGAAAGUCAAUUUGGUUGGCUAUAAGCUUGGGGAUAGCCUAAUGUAAGACAUUACUAGCUAGAAUAUGAAUAAUUAGAAUAAGCCAAAUUAUUAAUUUGAUAAAGAUAGUCAUUUUAAUAUCUAAGUUAAAAAAAGAAUGACACCAGCAAGUAGGAGCAAUAUUUCUCUUUCAUCAAUGAAUGAAUUAAAAAUAGGAAGCGGAUAAAUAGAACGAUAGGUUUUAACUCCUAAAGGAUAUCUCUCUAGUAGAGCAGCUAACGAGAAAUCAAUUUUGUUAUCUACUCCUAAUUAUGAUUAAUCACACCAUCAUCAAAAUUAAAGUCCUCAUAAAUCUUUAAUAAACACAAAAAGAAAAGCCUCUUAGCCAGGAAUUGGUCACUACAAUAUCUGGAACAAAGAAAAGUUUACUUUAAAAAAAACUCCAAAUAUAAUUCUAUAAGAUAGAAAUGAUGCAGCAGAACAAGAAAAACUUAAAGAAAAAUAACAUCAAGAAAAAAUAGAAAAGAAAAAAAUAUAUUAAUAUUUUUAAUAGCAAAAGUAAAAGGAAAUAGAGAAAUUUAUUGAGUCAUUUAAUCCAUAGCAAGAAGUUAAAAUUAUUUUCCCUAAAAUCAAAGAAAACAAUAAAUAUCAACAAGAGGAAUUUAAAUAAUGGUAAAGCAUCUAAAAAUUAUAGAUGAAAGAGCUAAAUGAAGAAGCUAAUUUCCCCAUUUAGUUUACAGAAAAGCUUAAUGAUUUGAAAAUAAAAGCUAAAAGAAUAAGAGAAGCCAUCAUUUUAUGGAAUGAUCAAAAUCCAUAUAAAAUAAACAAAUAAAAAGAAAAUGAGGAUUAAUAAGUUUAUAGAAGUUCAUAAAUAAUUGAAACAUAAGGAUCUUCUGAGAUGUGA